AUGGUGAAUGUCUCCUUUCGUUUUGGCUCCACAGAAGGGAAAGCCGAUGUUGGCCUCGCCACUGCCUUAGACAUGGUACUUGGGCUUGAUGGAGAAGAGCCCAUCAUAGGCUUGAUUGGCCCUGCCAUCUCUUCCGUGGCCCUACCCAUCGCAACAACGGCAGCUGUGAAGAAGCUUCCGCAGGUCUCCUUCUCGGCCACAAGCCCACUCCUCUCCAACAAAGACGCAUACCCUUAUUUCAUGCGAACCGCACCACCCGACACUUUUCAGGCCAUCGUAAUCUGGAACUGGAUCCUGGCCUUCGACGUGCCGCUGGCCAUCUGCCUCUACACCGAGGAGGCCUACGGACAGUCACUCUUCAAAGCCCUGACGGAGCAGGCGCAAGUUGCCCAAAUCGCAAGCAGCCGGAGCAGCGGGAGCCGUACCCAGGCACGGAUCGUGGGUCAGGCGGUGCGCUACAUGCCGGAGAACUUUGACAAAGGGGAGGUUCAGGGCGCCGUGAGGAGCGCCAAGACCCUGGGCUCGCGCUUCCUCGUUCCACUCAUCUCCCUCCGCAUGAUUCCACAGCUGAUGCCCGUACUCACAGAGGAAGGGCUGCUAGGGCCAGGUUGGCAAGCCAUUGGAUCAGAUACGCUCGCGUGGCGAACAUCGCAUGAAUUCCUUCCACUGGGCUUUAUGAUGGUGAAUCCUCAGGGAUCGGGCUCAAAGUUUCGCGAGUUUUCGGAUCUGUGGUCUAGACUCGACUAUACAGACCUCCUAGGCCAGGACGCUCAAGCCAGGUACAAGCUUGGUAAGAUGAGCAUGGCCGUGGAGGAGAUCCCCAAUGCUUCCCUGUCGGCUCAACUGCAAUCAUACCAUGCCUUUGCCUUUGAUGCCGUUUACACCUUCAUUACAGCAAUCAACCAGCUGCUCCUCAGCGGGCUUACAGAGCGUGACGUAAGGGGCCCGCUGCUGCUCCGUGUGAUGCGCAGCACUGUGUUCACCGGCGUCUCAGGUGUCGUGAGCUUCGACUCGAAUGGAGAUCGCUUGGCAGAGUACGAUCUUCUGAACAUGCAAGGCGAUGAGCUGGCGCCCGAAGCCGCCACGGUGGCGGUGUUCAGCACAACUACGCUCAACUUUUCCUUUAAGAGUCGAGCCGGGGUGAUGUGGAUGAACGGCCAGUUCGGGUACCAGCCACCAGAAAGCCUAUUGGCCUGCGACCCUGGAUUUUUCAAAGAGGAGAUGUCCAGGCAAUGCAGAGCAUGUCCAAGAGGAAUGAUGUGCGUGGGUGGCGUCGAUGCCCGCUUUGUGCCAUGCCCUCGCGGAAGCUUUGCGAACGAGACAGGCAGCACGGAGUGCCGCCCGUGUCCUAGGGGCAACGUCGCCCGCGACGUGGGCUCGGCAGAGUGCAGCGAAUGCCUGCCUGGCUAUGCGGCGCCCGAAGAGGGUAUGGAGGCCUGCAAGCGCUGCGAGCCAGGCAGCUACAUGCCCUCCGCACAGGGCAUCCGAUGCCUUCCCUGUGGCAAGAACCAAAUCACUCUUUACAGUGGUGCGGAGGCUGAAUCAGAGUGUCUUUGCUCAGAAGGUUCCUUCAUGUGCGAAGGCCGUGGUUGCAUAGCCUGCCCAGAGGGGCUGCAUUGCCCCACAGGGCUGGCGCUCCCACAGCAAGAGGGCGGCUUUUGGACAGAGCCAGUUUCCACUGGCUCACUGCAAUGUGCCUUCUCGGUCCUCCGCUGUCGGGACAAUCUUGAAUGCCCAGCUGGGGCACUGGGCACGUGUGCAGCCGGCAGGGAGGGGCGAGCAUGCAACGGCUGCAAGGAGAAGCACUUCCCCGACAACAACGGCACGUGUCAGCCUUGUGCCGAUGCAGACCUACUUCCUACUGUUGCUUUGCUGCUGCUGGCGCUAAGCCUCUUGCUCUUGCUGUCGUACAAGAACAUGGAUCCGAGCCAGCAAAGUCUCAACUUGCUGACAGCAGCCGCGAUUUUCAGCCAAAUCAUCAUCGCGAUCCAAGCCCUGGGAUCUAUCCGGAAACUUGCAAUUGAAUGGCAAGAGCCAGCCAAGAGCAUGGUUGAAUUGACGAAGUUGCUCACAUUCGAUUUGGACAUUAUCAAGUUCUCCUGCUUUCUGGGCACUGACAAUCCGACAGUGCAUUUCGUGAGUCAGAUGAUGGCAUGUCCAGUUGGAUGCGUUCUGCUACUGGUGAGCUGGUUAGGCACGAAGAUGUGCGGCCGACAGUGUCCUUUAGACAGUGUGCUCAACCUAUGCGGACUGCUUUGCUUUGCACUUUUCUUGUCCAUUGCGUUGGCAAGCUUGGCACCGUUUCGAUGUGUGCACAAUCCGGACGGCAGCUCUUCGAUGAUUUCCGACCCAGGAAUAGUGUGUUACAACUCCCAUGAGCAUGUGGUGCUGGUGGCCUUGGCAGUAGCAGGCAUACUGAGUCAACCAGCGGUCAUUCUCGCAUGGACAACGUACGCGACACUGAUGUACCCAGCCCGCAUGGCUAGUGGAAGUGGCUUGCGCCAAGUACACCGAUACCGGUUCCUGUUCCACCGCUUUAAGCCUGAGAGAUAUUAUUUCGGCUUGGUGUUGCUCUACCGGAACGCUAUCGUGGCGCUGCUUCCGGCCACCACGGUCGGUGUCGUUGAGAUGCAGGUACCAGCCAUGGGCACUAUUUUGCUGGCCAGCCUCGCGCUACAAGCACGCACGUACCCCUGGCGCACCGAGACCGCAAACGUCGUGGACCUCCUCCUCAGCGUGCUGCUGCUGGUGAUUUUGCUCGGUGCUGCCCCGCUCCUGAGUAUCAACUUCGAGAGUUCCUCGCGUGUCUUGGGCUGGCUGCUGUGCGUACCCGUGGUUGGUUUGCUGCUGGUCGGCCUGGUCGGCCUGGCUGGGGUGGCAUAUGGCCACUUUCGUCCAACAGUUCCCUUCGGCGUCUUCCUGUGCCAUCACAAGGGGGGUGCCGGCAGCCUCUGCCGGCUCAUGAAGAUCUUGAUCGCCAGACAUUCUUCCACCCGCGUGUUCUUGGACUGUGACCAGCUGGAGAACCUCGACUUUCUUUUCGAGAUCAUUCGGACGUCGACAAGAAACGUUGUGGUCGUGCUCACUUCGGAGCUCUUACGCAGGGUCUGGUGUGCCGGAGAAAUCGCAACCGCGUGGAAGAAUAAGGUCCACACCGUGCCGCUCAUUUGUGAUGGCUUCCGUCCACUUUCAGUCGAAGCACAGAAGCUGAUCCCAACUUUGUGGACUCCUCAGCAGAAGCAGAUACUCGCCAACUAUGGGGUGGAGCUCCAUGCCGUGAACCACGCAUACGACUGGAUACAGCACGAUCUAGAAGGCAUUCCAAUGCCUCGAUUUGGACCUGUCAGUAGGCGCGAGGAGGUGGUCCUCGAGAUUCUCUCUCGCUGUGGCCAGCCGUCCUCCGGUGCGAUGAUGCGAAGAAUGACUUCUGCGCACACCACCUACGUCCCCUACGUCUCCCGGACGGCUUCUGAAGCCCUGGUCCCUGCAAGAGCUCGAAUUCUCAUCACGUCCUCUGUCGCUGACGCCGAAUGCCUUUCUGCCUGCGAAGUUUUCCAGAUGAUGUUGCAGGCCUGCCUACAAGUGGAGUGUGCGGUCGUUCACGGCACCCGGCAGAUGAUGCACUGGAAGCCCUUUGCCUACUAUCUGGUGGUACUGCUCUUCCGUGGCAUCUUCCGGGACCCAGGCUUCGGCCGGCUUCUUGCAGCAGCCUUCACGGGACCGGGGCGACACUUGGAGCUUGUGACCGUCUUAGCAGAUUCGCACUUCGACUUCCCAAGCCUCGAAGUCGAAGCACCGAUGACGCCCAUGCUGAGCCUUUCGGAGAGCCCAAGGUCAAGCCCACAGCUUGCUGAAGCUCAGCGUGAGCUGCUCAACGUCUUGGCUUUGCCGUUCUCGCCCUUGGCGUCCGAAGGUUUGCAGCACAAGCAAGUUGCAGAGCUUGCUCGCCGCAUGCAUCGGUACAAGGAGCCAGCAACGGCAGCCUGCCUCGAUGAGGCAGACGAUGGACGAGUGACGGCUGCAUUGGGUGAGGCAGUGGAGGCGAAGCUUUCCGAAACGCUUUGCUGGGCAUCUGUCGAUGAGGAAGGCCUGGAUAGUUAUGAGGGCGAGAGCCUAGAAGGCCUAGCGGAUCACAAGGACGUGUCCCUGAGAAGUGACACUGUGAGCAUUUAA